CAAACAGUGGACUCAGCACCGGUAUCGUCUUCACCCGUCAGUCAAUCUAUCACCAUGUAUCCAGCAAGCAUCCUCAUUGUCGCGUGUGCCAUCGUCUACGGCCCAGUCUUUGGCUCUGCUCUUCCUCUCUCAAAGCGCGCCAACAAUGGCGUCUACCUGGCUAACUGCGUGACGAGAGGCACGAUGUGGUACAGCGAAAUGUCUUAUUACAACAACGCCCGUAGUGGCUCGCAAAACGGCCAACUGCCCGACGGUAGCGCGUUUCCAUCCCAGACCGACGGCGUCCCCAACCUAGUCACCUGGGAGGGCCAACGGCAUUGCGGUACUUAUCCCGAUACGGGUGCUACUUUCUGUUCCACGAUUGCGAACGGAGCGCAGAGCUUGAACAGUGGCGAGUUUGCUGGCUCUGGUUCCAACAGCUUCGGCGCAACCUUCUCCUGUUACAAGGAUAAUGGCCGCCAGCUGUACAACGUGCCCGAGGGAUCUCAGUUGCAGCAUACGUGCUACUCCAUCUACUACUGCUUCCAAAACUGAGGAUGGAACCCCCCAAUACUUUCUCCGGUCUCUUUGUCUACUUCAGGGGAGCUCUGUUUCAGAAGUCGUGACUCGAUAGGCGGAGGGUUUGAAGAAAUGCCAUGGAAAGUCACGUUUGAUGCUCGAUCAAUAACCACACUCUCCAUCCAUUAAGUCCCCUCUAUGAUGCAAGCGGUACAUCAGGCGCGAAGACCAGCAACAAGGAGACACAAAAUCAAAUUAUCUUUGAGAGGUACCUAGCUUAGGUUCAAGUUGUCGUAAGGCCGAAAAAUGCCGAAGCGCCAUUGCAAUCAAGAUGCCUGUGUGGGAG